GUCCUCUAGUGUAUUUAUAUAACUCGUUGAACAGAACCACGCGGACGACUUUUGUCUCUCUCUCUUUUUUUAAUGAGAUUUCCCUUAAUCAUUCGUCAGAAGUUGGAUCAAAACAUGUUUUUCCCCGUAAGGGGGAUUUCAGUCACUCGUCUAUUUAUUCAAGUUGUGGAAACUCAACUAGUUGCCGUCAGUUUGUGAACUUGGAUCGCGUCUUUCCGCUUUACACUCGGAUCGGGGUUUCGGGACAGAACGAGGAUGUCGGCGGUGAAAGCGCUGCAACAGUGGUGUAAGAUCCAGGUUCAGGAUUACAGAGAUGUCACUAUCACCAACAUGACAACUUCUUUCAGGGACGGGAUGGCUUUCUGCGCCCUCAUUCACCGAAACAGACCCGACCUCAUUGACUUUGAUUCCCUGAUGAAGGAGAAUGUCUAUGACAACAACCACCUGGCGUUCCGGGUAGCGGAGGAUGAGUUGGGGAUCCCAGCUCUGUUAGAUGCUGAGGACAUGGUGGCCCUGAAGAUACCAGACAGACUCAGUAUUCUGACAUAUGUCUCACAAUACUACAACUACUUCCAUGGCAAAUCACCGAUUGGCGGCAUGGCAGGGAUAAAGCGUCCAGCGGAGGCAUCCACAGAAGAGGGGCCUUCUGGGAAAAAGAACCAAGCAGUUGUCUCCAAGGUCUUCCCCGCCUCUACCCCCUCUAAAUCCGCUACUGAGAACCGCCCUCCCCCCUCCUCCUCACCUAAAGCCUCAACCAGACCAGACAGGGCAGCACAGAAGGAUGUGUCGUCGGAGCGAUCCAAUAAGACGGGGACUCUGAGCAGUAAGUGUUCCGUGUGUAAUAGACACGUCCAUCUGGUCCAGAGACACCUAGUGGAUGGGAGGCUGUAUCACAGGAGCUGUGCCAGGUGUAGUGAGUGUUCCACCACUCUACUGUCUGGUAACUGUAAACCUGGACCAACACCAGGCUCCUUCAUCUGUACCUCCCACCACCACCCCCAGGGGGCGCUGCCAACACACACCCCUCUCCGAGACCUGCCCAAAAACAACCAUACUACUCCUGCUGAAUCCAAAUACACCCCUCACCCUCCUCCCACUGUCCAGACCACCCCUCUCUCAUACCUGCCCAAAAACAACCCUACUACCACUACCCCUUCUUCCUCCAAAUACACCCCUCACCCUCCUCCCACUGUCCAGACCACCCCUCUCUCAUACCUGCCCAAAAACAACCCUACGACCCCUUCUUCCUCCAAAAACACCCCUCACCCUCCUCCCACUGUCCAGACCACCCCUCUCUCAUACCUGCCCAAAAACAACCCUACGACCCCUUCCUCCAAAUACACCCCUCACCCUCCUCCCACUGUCCAGACCACCCCUCUCUCAGACCUCUCCAGGAAAUCCCCCGGAGCCAAAUACACAGACCCCCCGAAAUCCACCCCAGCUCCGACGCCCACCAGUACCCCCUCCAAACUUGUCCCUAGCUGGCUGAGCUCCAAAUCAGACGGAUCCAAAAGCACUACCCCCUCUGCCUCCUCCUCGCGGCCCAGCCCGGGGCUCUCCUCCCUGGGCAUAGUGAGCCCCGCAGCCCCUGGACCCACUGCAGUCCCACGGAACUUCAACACGACAACUACCCAGCAGGCCCGGCUCCAGUUCUUCCAAUCUGGGAACACCACCACUGGGCAGGAGAACCAGGGCAAGACCCAGACUCCGGGACGGGCACCGAGUCUACCCACAAAUAGAGUCCCGAACGCUGGCACACAGGGGACAGUAGUGGGGGUUGGCCAAGGUGUGAGUGUGGUAGUGAGUUUGGGUGGCAGUGGGGUAGGGGGUAAGGGAGAGGGUGGGGGUAAGGGAGGGGAUAAGGGUGUGAAUGUGGUGCUAGGUGGGGACAGGGAUGUGGUUCAGGGUAGAGGUAUAGUUGUCUUCAAGGUGGAUAGUGAUGUGAAAGCCUCUCCAUCUAAAGAAGACUGCAGUACCAAGAACCAGGCUGCUGCUGUCGUCACUAAGAAACUAACAGAGAACAACACCACAACAACAGCUGGUGCUGUCAUCACUAAGAAACUAGCAGACAACAACACCACAACAGCUGGUGCUGUCAUCACUAAGAAACUAACAGAGAACAACACCACAACAGCUGGUGCUGUCAUCACUAAGAAACUAACAGAGAACAGCACCACAACAGCUGCUGCUGUUGUCACUAAGAAACUAACAGAGAACAACACAACAGCUGGUGCUGUCAUCACUAAGAAACUAACAGACAACAACACCACAACAACAGCUGGUGCUUCAAGUCCUCCGUGGCAUCCUGUAGGACUGAAGAAGACCGAGAACAGAUCUCCCUCUCUCAGACCUGCCCCUGCCGAAACGCCUAAGAAAGAGACGGAGACGCCUAAAAAGGAGACUGGGGGCAGAGUUAAGCUAAAAGCAGACCCGUCUCUCCUCGCCCCCCUCACCCCCAACACCUCCACCCCGACCCCAGCCAGCAGAACAGGCCCGUGGAACAAAAACCUGGAUAAGGCGUCCGGAGCUGCUUCUCCCAGCAACACUAUGGCAACAGCAGACGACAGCAGCUCUCCUGCUGACUGGCGGUCCAGACUCAAACCUGCCUCCAAGCCUGUAGGACCUAAAGACUCCUCUCCCCUCCACCCUGACAUUCAGAAGGCUGAAACCCUGCCUCGGCCCUGGGCCGGUGGAUCAGGAAACGCCCAGGCUUCAGUCCCUGCUGGGUCUACUCUGGCCCCCUCCAGCCCCCCAGUAGCCUCCUCACCCAGCCCGCUGAACACCGGCCCUGGGACAUGGGGCGGUCUGACAGGGAGGAGCUCAACGACAGCUAACGGCUCCAACACAGACACCAAGACGCCUAAACCAGGCAAACCGGACUACAUCCCGAAGGAAGAGAUCCUCAGAGAGCUUCAGGAGAUAGAGGACAGUGUCAAUGAGCUGGAGAGGAAAGGAGUGGACUUGGAGAAACAACUACGCUUCUGUGAAGAGGAGGGAGAAGAGGACGUGGUGAUGGAUGACCUGAUGGUGGAAUGGUUCACCCUCAUCAGAAACAAGCAGGUGUCCAUGAGGAGAGAGUCUGAACUGGUCUACAUAGCGAAAACACAGGACUUGGAGGAACAGCAGCCCAGUGUAGAGCAGGAGCUGAGGAGACUCAUGGACAAACCUGAGCGGCUGAAGACGCUGUGGGACCGUCGUAGAGAAGAGGAGUUGAUGGUCAAGCUGGUGGAGAUCGUCAAUGACAGAAACGCCAUCAUAGACGGACUGGACGAUGACAGACUCAGGGAGGAUGAGGAAGAUGAGCAGCUCAAUAAGAUGAUGAAGACCCUAGACACAAAGAAAGAAAAGAAGAAGAAAUCCAGCUUUAAGUUGUUUGGUCGGAACAAGAAGGAGGGAUGAUCUCACGGGGAGGAGGGACACACUGUUACCCUGCUUGAGACGUGGUUAUCACUGUUACCCUGCUUGAGACGUGGUUAUCACUGUUACCCUGCUUGAGACGUGGUUAUCACUGUUACCCUGCUUGAGACGUGGUUAUCACUGUUACCCUGCUUGAGAUGUGGUUAUCACUGUUACCCUGCUUGAGACGUGGUUAUCACUGUUACCAUGUUGAGAUGUGGUUAUCACUGUUACCCUGCUUGAGACGUGGUUAUCACUGUUACCCUGCUUGAGACGUGGUUAUCACUGUUACCAUGUUGAGAUGUGGUUAUCACUGUUACCCUGCUUGAGACGUGGUUAUCACUGUUACCAUGUUGAGAUGUGGUUAUCACUGUUACCAUGUUGAGACGUGGUUAUCACUGUUACCCUGCUUGAGAUGUGGUUAUCACUGUUACCAUGUUGAGAUGUGGUUAUCACUGUUACCCUGCUUGAGACGUGGUUAUCACUGUUACCAUGUUGAGAUGUGGUUAUCACUGUUACCCUGCUUGAGACGUGGUUAUCACUGUUACCAUGUUGAGAUGUGGUUAUCACUGUUACCAUGUUGAGAUGUGGUUAUCACUGUUACCCUGCUUGAGAUGUGGUUAUCACUGUUACCCUGCUUGAGAUGUGGCUAUCACUGUUACCCUGCUUGAGACUUGGUUAUCACUGUUACCCUGCUUGAGACGUGGUUAUCACUGUUACCCUGCUUGAGACGUGGUUAUCACUGUUACCCUGCUUGAGACGUGGUUAUCACUGUUACCCUGCUUGAGACGUGGCUAUCACUGUUACCCUGCUUGAGACGUGGUUAUCACUGUUACCCUGCUUGAGAUGUGGUUAUCACUGUUACCCUGCUUGAGACGUGGUUAUCACUGUUACCCUGCUUGAGAUGUGGCUAUCACUGUUACCAUGUUGAGAUGUGGUUAUCACUGUUACCCUGCUUGAGACGUGGUUAUCACUGUUACCCUGCUUGAGACGUGGUUAUCACUGUUACCAUGUUGAGAUGUGGUUAUCACUGUUACCAUGUUGAGAUGUGGCUAUCACUGUAAAAAUAAAAACAAUUCUAUGAUCAGUUUAUCUUCUGUAACCCUUAUCAGAACCAGAAAGGGAGAAAACUGAGCUAAUUGGCUAAAUAAUUUGGCUAACCCUUCCCACCUGUGAACACACACACACACACACCCAUAUCAAAACAAACCCCGAAACCAACUCGUUUCAAUUCAGUCAUGCCUGCUAGCAUUUCUUAAUGAACCGACUCUAAAAGGAGGCCAAAUCAGGAAGUGCUAUCGCUCCUCAACUGUGUGAAUCAUCCCACUAAUAAUGUCCUCUCUAACCCUCUGUAUCUAUGGAGAACCUCUCUAACCCUCUGUAUCUAUGGAGAACCUCUCUAACCCUCUGUAUCUAUGGAGAACCUCUCUAACCCUCUGUAUCUAUGGAGAACCUCUCUAACCCUCUGUAUCUAUGGAGAACCUCUCUAACCCUCUGUAUCUAUGGAGAACCUCUGUAUCUAUGGAUAACCUCUCUAACCCUCUGUAUCUAUGGAGAACCUCUGUAUCUAUGGAGAACCUCUCUAACCCUCUGUAUCUAUCUAUCCCAUCCUCUCUCUCUCUCAUCCCAUCCUCUCGCUCUCAUCCCAUCCUCUCGCUCUCAUCCCAUUCUCUCGCUCUCAUCCCAUCCUCUCUCUCUCGCUCUCAUCCCAUCCUCUCUCUCUCGCUCUCAUCCCAUCCUCUCUCUCUCGCUCUCAUC